AUGGCUACCACCAGCCAGCCUCCCUACACCAAAUGGAGCGACACAGAUCAUGCUGGCCCGGUCAUCAUAGUCACCACGCUCUCUCUGCUGUACUGGGUGGUCGCGGGCGCUGGGCAGCAGCUCCUGUCUUACUCCUCGGGGCUGCGAUACACAUGGGCGGACGGUCUCUUCAGCUGUUCUAUGAUCUGCGGCUUCAUCCAGUCGGUGCUCAUAUUAGUCGGCGCACACUAUGGUCUGGGGAAGUCAUCCAGCGUAAUAUCGCGCGGUGAUCUCUCCACUGCUGAAGAAGUCUACAAAGUUGGCAACAUCUUCUACAUUAUCACACUCGGCCUCAUUAAGUGCUCCGCGGCUUGUUUCACCGCGAACUUGACAGUCAAGAACUUGGGGUCUCUGCGACAAAUCGCCGGUAAACAAAUGAUCGGCCUGUACGGCUCGGUCGCUCUCGCAAUAGCUUGGUCAAUUGGCUCGAUUGUGGCCCUUGCAGUCCCAUGUCCCAGCUACGGUGGACACGCGAAUAACGCAGGGAUGUGCUUGGGGACCAUGUCAAGAUGGGUCGGUAUCUUCAUCGGGGACGCCAUAACCGACCUUGCGAUUGUGGUAUUCGCUGCUACGGUUAUCUGGCGCACGAAGGCGUCGAUUGCGAAGAGGUUGACGUGGUACAUCCCAUUCUUGGUCCGGGCAUGCGUCCCCCUAUGGGCUGGCUUGCGCCUCCUGACCAUCAACAAGCAAAAGCUCACCGAAGACCCCACAAUCGGAGUCUGGCUGUUUGUCUGCUUCAACCAAGUCCAGAUCCUCCUUGCCCUUAUCGGCGCCGCUUCCCCCGUCCUCAAGAAGGCCAUGAGCGAUUUGGUAACGAACUUCGGCGCCAGUACCGACAGCCAGGCCCGCUCUGGCAACGGGCGCAGCUUCGCCUUGAAGUAUCUCAAGAGCAAACGGACUUUCCGCUCGAACAACGACUCGCAGCCCACGGACAGCAACGGGAGUAAAAUACGGCCCUUGCCGUUUGGAGGCCCAGGGGUGAGCGGUGCGGCGAUGAUUAGCAGGAACAGGCCAGAGGAGAAGCUGCGGAGUGAUGGGGAUAGUCAGGAGGGCAUUAUUCGGCAGGACGAUUACGAGGUCAGUUACUUCCACACGGAUAAUGAUCGGGAGCCGGUGAUGGAGGAUGGGGGGUACAACAAGUACCGGUAA